AUGUCGAAGCAGGAGAGUACAGCUGAGGCCGACGUCGGCGAGGAUGAACUCGAUGAAUGGGACCAGCGGAUAUUCAGUACAGGCUGUGCUGAGGAACAACUUCGAAUGAACGAUUGCUACUAUGAUAAAAAAGAUUGGCGAGCGUGUAAGAAUGAAAUGGAGGCCUUCAGACAGUGCUGGAAGCGUAAAGGAAACGAGGAACGCACCCAGACCAAAGAUGCACCAGUUGAGAAAUAG